AACCCUGACAUGGCGACUCUGUCUACUCCAGUUCCUGAUUUACUCCUCUGGGUGCACUGCGAAUCUGUGCUCCCUCCUCAAUUGGACAGCUUUGCCCUCAGGAGCACCUGUAGAUCAAAUUCAUUUUUCUUCUCGCCACGAUGGUUUUCAGGUCGGAACAGAAGAUCAUAGCCUAUCGUCGUCUCUGUUGGAAUAAUCCCGAGAAAUGUCCAAGUACCCAGUGCUCUGCCAAGUCGUUGAGUGCGACGGUCCGCUUUGUUCUCAACUCAGACGCAAGAUAGAGUGCACUCCGACUCAGCUAAAUGUUUUUCAUCGUCUUUCCAAGGCCAGGGUGUUUUAUCCCAGUCCCUCAAUUCAUGAUGCCCUUGUGCCUGGGGUGUCUGGGACGUUUUAUGUGCUUCAUCCGUUCCUAGCGGAAGAAACAGAGUAGGCACCUAUGUCCCCUUCUAAUCACUAUGCAAAACUGCUCUGGUACCAACGCCACAAUGCAUGCGGACAGAGAAUUCGAAUGACGGUGCUUUCAACGUCAUGAAGGUUCCUGGGCUUUUAUUGGGCACAGAUACGACGAUUUCAUUGGACAAGUUCGUCUUUCUCGAGCCGAAUGCGAUUUUGUUACAAUGUCAGGAUUACCGCCUAUUUGACGAUAUUUUCAAUGAGGAUUCGCUUGAUGGUUCGCUUCGAUUUAGUGCAUAUGCUACCCAUUAUUCUAGCAUCCGUGAUGCAUUCGAUUUUUCUCCACUCUCGUGGCACACGUUGCUUGGAUUCGAGUCAAGUCCGAAGAGCACUACUGAACGUGUGGGGAAAAUCCGCGCCAUCGCGGGAGUGAAGAAGCGUCUUCUCGACUUUCAGGCGCCCUCGAAUCUCUCGCAGUACAUCUUCUAG